AUGUCCACUUCAACACAUUUUGAAAAUUCAAAGAGGAAUUUAUCAAUAACAAACAAUAGCAUUGAUCAAAAUUCCUCAUCUGAUCCACCCACAUUAGUAACACGAGCUGUGUCUAUCGAAGAUAUUUUUUCUUCUUCGCACCCUUGUAACGGUAAUAAUGGGCAACAGCAUCAUUAUCAUCCUAGUCCUUCUGGUUCCGAAGCCUCAUUAAACAAUAACACUAGUGACAUCAAUUGCAAUAAACAAGGCUCUUCAAGUGUUUAUACCGAUGCAAAUUCAUCAUUGAUUUAUCGGUCUAAAUUGGAUGUUCAGUAUAAUACUGAAGAGCAACAACAGGCACCCGUAAAACCCCAAAGAAAAGUAACAGAUCAAAAAGUAAAUAAUCUAUUUAAAUCCUGUGCCAUACAAAAUUUUACUACAUGCAAACAGUUAGCUAACCAAGCAGCUAAUUAUUUAGCCGAACUAGUCAAAUUAGUUUCUAGUUUAUCAGCAGCAGAACUGUUUAGUGCUGAAAAUGAUUCAUCCAAUGAUCGUUUAAUUAUGAUUUAUCCAAUUGGUUGGGAAUUUUCAUAUUCUUCUUCGUGUCCUUCUCCUCUUUCUUCUCACAAUGAUGAUAGUGUGAUCACACAGUUAACAGCAACAUCACUGGAUACUAUAUUCAGUGAUCGAGUAUUCAGGACAUGUUAUUUAGCGAAUAUAUCUAUGAGAGCUGAAGGAAUCUGUACCAACUCGGAAGAUUUCUUUCAUAUUUAUUCUAAUCAGCUACCAGAUUUAUGGUUUAAUGCAUAUAAGAAAUUACCACAGAAUUCACUAAACAAACAACAAACUUUAACAUCAAUUAAUUCAUUGCAUAAGACUGAUGAUUCAGUCGAUACAAGACAUUCAAAGGUUUUUGAUGAUCUUCAUAGAGUCGGACUUUUAGAAACCUCCUCUAAUAAUCAGUCACUGGAAAAUAUUGAAGCAGUCAACAUCGUUUAUAAUGAAUAUGAUAGGGAGAUCAAAUAUAAUUUUUCUAGAUCAAAACUAACUGAAUAUUUAUUACAUUUGAAAUUGAAUCCUAUUAUUACACAACGUUUAUUAAAUGAAAUUCAUUGUUUAGCAGAGAAUCUUAGAAGUAAUAAUAAUAAUAGUUUUAUGAUAAUGAAUUCAUCAACUAUUGAAUUGUUCGAACAACUGGAAAACAUAUUUCGAAAGUAUUUUAGUCAAUUCAAUAUCGACGAGUUAUUCCUUUGUAUUACUGGUACUGAUAAAAAUCAACAACGUUGGCCUUGUCUACUCACUUUACUGCAUGGUAAUCUUAUUAAAUUUACUCUGAUUGAAGAAUUGAAACUUAUUAACGAGAAUAUAUCAUUAGUUCUUGAAUGCUGUACAAGUAUACUAGUCAGUACUAAAUUACCAUUAAUUAUACAAUUAGUUUGGAGAUGUACAAAUAUGUUAUUGAAUGAUCACAAAUCAACUGGUUUUCAAUUGAAAAGUUUAGAUUCUCUGAUAGAUUGGCAGUUUACAUUACCACGAAUAUCUAAUACUAAAAGUCAAAUAGUCCAACACGAUCAACAAUCCUCUACAACAGCAAUUCAAGUUAAUGAGAUGAAAUUUUUGAAAACAGAUUUCAUGGUAAUGUUUGUCAAAUAUAUCACGAAAAUCUCACCAAAUUUAUUAAACUGGACAUCGGAGUUAAAUCAAUUGGAUGUUGUGUCAAGAAUUUCAAUAUCUGAUUUAUUCAAACGUAUCGAAUAUGUCAAAUCAAACUUAACAUUUUUAAUUCAUUAUUCUAAAACUACUGAAUUUGCGAAUAGUAACAAUUAUAUUAAUAACAGUCAUAAUGAUAAUAAUAAGGAUGACAAAAUGACAAGCCAAGGUAAUUUGUCAUUAGAAAAUGUAGCAUUGAUUAUUCGUUUACUUGAAUUGUUAACAAAAACAUCAGAAACAGUAAGUUGCAUUUUACAUUCAACUGCUUAUUGGAUCAAGAGAUUUCAACCGACGUCAUUAUCUACAUCACCAAGUUGUAAUAUGAUGUUAUCGGAUAAUUGGUUAAAUCCGCUUGUCAGAUUCGCAUUUUCAUUCAAGAAUUGUGUCAAUGAUUUCGAUAAAAAGUCACGUCAUUCACGAAAUUCCUCAUUAAAUAUACACGAUACUCAAUCUUCUAGUCAUUCACAUCAUCGUCACAGUCAAAAACAUUUGAAAGAACAAGAAAAGAUCCCAUCCUCGUCAAAACGUGAAAAUCGUCAUCGUAAGCCACGUACUCGUCAACUGGAUACAGACGGUCUAAUGGAUGAUAUAUUACACAAUCUCACUUUGAAUCCUCUAAGAGCAGACAUACAUAUGAAACGACCAGACAAGAUUGAUUAG